UGAUUUUCAAAUACCCAAAAAAAAAAAAAGAGAAAAAGGAGAAAAAAAAUCGAGAUCUCUCUCUAAUGGCGGCGACGUUGAGCAGAGACCAAUACGUGUACAUGGCGAAGCUCGCCGAGCAAGCGGAGCGUUACGAGGAGAUGGUCCAGUUCAUGGAGAGCCUCGUAAGCUCCGCCACGCCGGCCGGCGAGCUCACGGUGGAGGAGAGGAACCUUCUCUCCGUGGCGUACAAGAACGUGAUCGGAUCUCUACGAGCGGCGUGGAGGAUCGUGUCUUCGAUCGAGCAGAAGGAAGAGAGCAGGAAGAACGAGGAGCACGUGUCGCUCGUCAAGGAUUACAGAUCCAAGGUCGAGGGCGAGCUCUCCACGAUCUGCUCGGGGAUCCUCAAGCUGCUCGAUACGCAUCUGAUCCCUUCGGCUACCGCUAGCGAGUCGAAGGUGUUUUACCUGAAGAUGAAGGGGGAUUACCAUCGGUACAUGGCGGAGUUCAAAUCUGGAGACGAGAGGAAGACUGCUGCGGAAGAUACCAUGAUCGCCUACAAGGCUGCUCAGGACGUUGCAGUUGCUGAUCUAGCGCCUACGCAUCCGAUCAGGCUGGGUCUGGCUCUCAAUUUCUCGGUGUUUUACUACGAGAUUCUCAACUCUUCUGAGAAAGCUUGUAGCAUGGCCAAACAGGCUUUCGAGGAGGCCAUUGCUGAGCUGGACACGUUGGGAGAGGAGUCAUACAAGGACAGUACUCUCAUCAUGCAGUUGCUAAGGGACAAUCUAACCCUCUGGACCUCCGACAUGCAGGAGCAGAUGGAUGAGGCCUGAAGAUCUUGUGGAAGAACAGACGGUUAUGUAAUUUCCCCGCAACCAUGGCCGAAAAUCUAGUUCAAACUCAAGAACCCCCUUUGCUGUAAAACUUGUCGAAAAAAUGGUCUGUUUAUGACGGUUAUGUGCACAGCUUUGGUGUUAUCUGCUUCUCUGUUCCAACUCUGUUUUUCUUUUUUAAUUUAUCAUCAUCUUUUCCUUUUUCC